CUCCGAAAUGAAUUGCCAUGUGAAGAGUAUGUAUUUUCAACUGUUUAUGGACCCAGCAGCAGCGUUCCUUUCCCUUCUGCUCGUUCUGGCUGUCGGUUCAUGGACGAGCGUAGCGGCCGGCAGACCCCAGCUGUGUGGGAACUCUGUGCAACAGGCUCUGAAGCUGACCAGACUCAUCCAGAAGGAAUCUGUGGACAUCAUCAAAACAUAUAAACUCUCUCAGGGGGACAUGUCGGAGCUUCUAUGUAAAGUGUCCGUUAAUAACAUCCCCGACCCCAACAUCUCUGGUCUGGAGUCCUCUGAGCGGAUCGUGAGCAUCUACACACACCUGCAGGAGUUCUUCCCUCAUUUCAGACGGGUGUACGAGCAGCAGACGGACCUGCAGCUGCCCUCCAGCCCUCUGCUGACGGACCUGGAGACCAUCGACACCCGCAGCAGGUGGCUGGCCGUUCACAUCAAGGACUUCUACCAAAGCCUCUUCCCAAACCUGCCCUUACCGGAGCCGGCGGGGGGGGCCACGUCACUGCCCCCGCCCCAGAACGUCUUCCAACAGAAGGUUUACGGCUGCGCGGUCCUGAAGACCUUCAAGGAGUUCCUGUCGAAUGUGUCCAAAGAACUACGGACUCUAAAAAACAGCGUGUGCAGACGGAGGGUGCAGACCAACAUGUUCUUCUAAGGCGGGCCUUAGACUGGAGUUUUCUACUAAAUGCACUGAUUCGUUAUUAACCCUUUAACCCCCUGAGCCCUGACUCCAGCUCUGGGUCAGGGUCCGAGAAGCUGCUGUGAGUAUGUGCUUGGGUUCCUUUUCUGCAGUGGUUUGGUUUGACUGUGUGUUUUAGGGUCAAAACAAGUGGAAAAACAGAAAAAAGACCAAAGGUUUGACAGGUUUGGGCUAAAUAAGGCACUCAGAAUGUACAUUAAAAAGAGAUUUAGGAUGUUGAACAUCAACUGUGAACUUGAACACACUGAACAACAACAAGGAUUGGAAUUUAAGCCCAGUAAGUUCAGUUUUGGGCUCUUUUUUUCUAAAUCAGUCCAGCUGGUUUUGACACUGUUUAAUUCCAUAAAGCAGUUCCACAGUCAAAAAAAAGAA